GAGCUGGAAGCAGUGUAACCACGUGACUCCUCUACUGAGAGCCUGCUGUUUGUUCAGGCAGAGAGGCAGAGAAAAAGAAAAAUGGCGGCUCUAGGCGAACCUAAACGGGACGCCGGGCUAACAUUUUGAGUUUUCACACCCGAAAAGACACAGGGGCUUAUCGGGUUCACUGCACCGUCUGAAUCCCCACCGGUCCAGCUUUGUAGGGGUGCCGUUUUCGCUCGCGCUCGUGUAGGCUAAAUAAACGCAAACAUUGGGAUAGUAAAAUAAUAGCUUUCGCUUAUCAUGAGGGGAAAGAGGGGCAGGCCGCCCAAACCGCUACAAGCCGAGGAGCCAUCCCCAGCUGCGGCCCGGGGCUUGCGACCAAGGAGGAAUCUGAAGCCCAGGUUGAGGGACAGCGGGGAUGAGGACGUCGAGAGCCCCACAAGGGAGACCAAGUCGGCCAAAAAGAGGAAAGGGGGAUCCGUCACGUCAACACGGGGCAGGGGACGAGGUAGAGGUAGAGGUGGUGGCGGUGGCGGCAGAGGAGGCAGAGGAGGUCGUGGAGGAAGGCGGACUGCUGCGUCCAAAACAGUGGUGUACGACGACCACGAGAGUGAGGAGGAGGACGAUGCUGUCAGUUUGAGAUCGGAGGAGGACGAGUUUGUUGAGGAGGAACCUCAGUCCGAGGAGGAUGAGGCCCUCAAAGAGGACUCUGAUUGCCUUGAAGAUGAUGUGCUGGACGAGGAGGAGGAGGAGGAUGAUGCCAGCUACUGUACAGAGAGUAGCUUUCGGAGUCAGAGCACACACGCCAGCACUCCGGGGAAGAAAAAAGUACGGGCUCCCCGACCUCGCACUCCCAUUCUGGAGGAGAAGGAGAUUCCUCCUCUUGAGCUUCCCGACACCUCUGAGGACCUCCUGGUGCCUAAUGAGGAGCUGCUCAAUGCCACCUCCAUCUACGAGGUGCUACGGAACUUCAGCACGGUGCUGCGUCUCUCCCCUUUCCGCUUUGAGGACUUCUGUGCAGCAAUGGUGGGCCAGGAGCAGUGCACUUUAAUAGCAGAGACCCAUAUUUCCCUUUUGAAGGCCAUCCUACGCGAGGAGGACUCCUCCAACACUACCUUUGGCCCAGCUGACCUCAAGGACAGCGUCAACUCCACUCUGUACUUUAUUGACGGCAUGACAUGGCCUGAGGUGUUGCGGGCGUACUGUGAGAGCGACCGGGAGUACCACCAUGUCCUGCCAUAUCAGGAGGUGGAUGACUAUCCCUACGGUCCAGUUGAAAGUAAGAUCAAGGUGCUACAGUUUUUGGUGGACCAGUUUCUCACCACCAACAUCGCCCGUGAGGAGUUGAUGUCUGACGGCAGUAUGCAGUAUGACGACCACUGCCGCGUGUGUCACCGCCUGGGUGACCUGCUGUGCUGUGAGACCUGCUCAGCAGUCUACCACCUGGAGUGUGUGAAACCGCCACUGGAGGAGGUUCCAGAGGACGAGUGGCAGUGCGAGAUUUGUGUGGCACACAAGGUGCCUGGUGUCACAGACUGUGUGACAGAGGCUCAGAAGAACAGGCCCUACAUCCGCCAGGAACCCAUUGGAUAUGACCGCCACCAGAGGAAAUACUGGUUCCUAAACAGAAGGAUUAUUGUCGAGGAGGAUGGGGAGCAUGAGAAGAAAAAGAUCUGGUACUAUAGCACCAAGGUGCAGCUGGAGGAGCUCAUGGAGUGCCUAGAUAAGGAGUACUGGGAGAUGGACCUCCAUGCCACCCUGGAGGAGAUGAAGGAGGAAGUGCAAGCCCACAUGGACAUCACAGAGGACCUCACCAACAAAGCCCGUGGAAACAAUAAAGCCUACCUCACUGCUGUCAACGAUGUGAUCAUGGAGCAUAUGAAGGUCAGGCGGGAGGCCCAGGAAGCAAAGAGGCGAGCAGGGGUGCCAAAGCAGGAAGCAGAGACAGGCUGUGUUAAGACAGCGGAGGACACUGCCGAGUUAACCGCGCAAGACACUGAGGCCGCGCAAGACACUGAGGCCAAGGAAGAUGCCAGUUCACAAGCAGCCACGGUUCCCCCUGCUGCAGAGGAGAGCUGCGUGUCUGAUCCUGACCCUGGCUCGGCCACCCAGGACGCAGCCGCGCCUAAAACGGAGUCCAUUGAACCUAACAAGGAAACGCAGCCUGCUCAUUCUAGAAGCCAGGAGAGUGGGGAGUCCCCUCCGUUGGCAAAGCAGGAAAGGACAGAUGAGGAUGUGAAAGCAGAGUCUAGCAGUGAAGUCAAGCACCCUGAUGAGUCGCAGACACAAACCCAAGAUCAGCCACAGCAGCAGUCAUCUCAACCAGAGGCGAGUAGUGGCAGCAGCCAGGUUUCUGGAUGUGGGAGCCUCAGGAAACCAGAGCAGCCUGACCUGGCUGAUCGGGCCUCUCAGUCCUCUUUUACCAGCCAGGAUGGGACAGAAGAGUAUAUCGAAAGGGUCAAGAGCGAUAGAGGGAGAGCAGCAGGACGGGAAACGAAUAACCAAACGCCCAAAGGCAGCAAAGAGUCCUCUCCUGUACGCUCUGAUGGUGACACUUCGCGUCUCAGCUUCUUCAAAAGGGACCUGACAGUGAAUUUGAACAACUUGUUCAAACUGGGUCAGGAGGGUAAAUACAGGGUCUACCACAACCAGUACAGCACCAAUGUCCUGGCCCUGAACAAACAUCAGCAUCGCGAGGACCACGACAAGAGACGCCACCUCUCCCACAAGUUCAGCCUGACCACCGCGUCUGAGUUCAAAUGGAACGGCUCUAUAUACGGUUCACGGAGCCUGACUGUCUCCACCCUGCGUCUCACCAUCAUCCAGUUGGAGACCAAUGUCCCUGGACCAUUUAUGCAUCCUAACUGGGCAUCGCACAGAACCAACUGGAACAAAGCAGUGCAGAUGUGCAGUAAGGCCAGGGAAUUUGCUUUGGCAUUGGCCAUACUGGAGUGUGCCAUCAAACCAGUGGUGAUGCUGCCCGUAUGGAAAGAUUCUCUUGGGCACACAAGGCUACAUCGCAUGACCUCCAUGGAGCGGGAGGAGAAAGAGAAGGUGAAAAAGCGAGAGAAAAAACUGGAGGAUGAGGAGACACUGCAACAGGCCACAUGGGUGAAGUACACCAUCCCCAUCAAGCACCAGGUGUGGAAACAGAAGGGGGAGGAGUACAGAGUGACAGGGUAUGGUGGCUGGAGCUGGGUCAGUAAGACUCAUGUGCCGCGUUUUGUUCCAAAGCUACCAGGGAACACAAAUGUAAACUACCGCAAGGAUCUGGAGGCAGCUAAAAUGAGCAAGGAAAAUGCAGCAGCUUGCACAAAUAAGCAGAAAAACUUGAUGGAAACUGAGAAGCAGACUACUAAAAACACAGCGGACGAGGACAAUGAACAAGCAUCCAUCACUGCGUCAUCUCAGAGCACUUCAUCAGAGGAGGACUGCAAACCUCAGACCUCCAAAGAGGAAGAAAACCCCACAGAGAAGGAACGGGGGGAAAAUAUAGAAGAGAAACGAGAAGAUGAAAAUAUGGAGGUUGACCCCUGCCCAGAAACUGCUGCUUCAAGUGAUGAAAAGGAUAAAGUUGAAAACAAAGGCCCUUCCUCACCGUCAGUGCAGCCUGUGAUGGAGGAACCAAUCCACAGAGUUGAACAACCCAAGAAGGAGGAGACCACUGCAUCAAAGCCCUACUACGAUGUUGUAAAUGUCAGCGAGGGCUUCCAGCUGCGGACAGCUUAUAAGAAGAAGGUAAAGCCCUCCAAACUGGAUGGGCUUUUGGAGCGCCGGGUAAAACAGUUCACCUUGGAGGAGAAGCAGAGGCUAGAGCGGAUGAGACAGGCGGCCCUGCUGUCCAAAAUGGCUGCCACAAAGCCUACAUCCGGGGUUAAGACUGAAGGAUCCACAUUAGGCAAACAGCAGCCUGCUGUGACCCCGUGUGUAAAAGAAGAGGAGGAGGAGAGCCUUCAAGUGAAAGACCACGUGGUUAAAAAACUUCACUUUGAGCAGGAGCAGAUGGAGAUAAAAGCAGACAACUUGGAUGUCAAAUCAAAAACCACAGCACCCAAUCACAGCAAACAGACAGAGGUAAAUGCUGUGCAGGGGAACGGUGAGGAGGCCUUAGCUCACAAAGAAGUGAAUGGAGGACCCCUAGCAAGCACUGAGCUCAACAGUAAAAACAAUUGUAUAUCAGAUGUAAUAGAAAGCAAAGAAAAAACACAGAAGCCAGAGGUUGCUCGAGUAGGAGAGAAUCCUAAGAAACGUGGGUACGAGGAAAUGGAGCAAGACAGUGGAAAGAGCGACACAGAGAGCAUGGAGGUAGACCAAAGCAAGACCAGUCCAGUGCAGGUGAAUGGAAAAGCUGGGGUUACCACCCCUGCAGACUCAAACAUCAACUCAGACCCAGGCAGUCGAGUCCAAGGUGAUAUUAAAGAGCCUCAGACUCAGAAAGAGCCUGUCAUGAAUGGAAACCUCUCGCAAAAUGAUGUGUCCGACAUAUGUCAUCCACCUGCCCUGAAAGUCCCGAAAUUAGAGAACCAUGUGGCAGAGAAAGGAGACUCCCUCAAUAAGAAUGUGGCCAUGAACAGUGAGGAGACAGUACCUGCUAAGCUUCCAUCUUCAAGCCCUUCUUGCCUGAAUAGUAAUAGUACCGACAAUAACAGUAGUAGCGAAGGUUUGAAGACUUCCAUCACCACUAACACCACCACCACAGAGUCUCAAAGUGCCCCAGCAACUGACCUAUCCAGUACUCUUACCACUUCCAUCACCACCCAGCCCAGCUCCAGACCAAGUGUCCCUCAGAAGACAAAAGUUCCAGUCACUGACACCAAGAUGGGCACUUCUGGUUCAACAACAUCCAGCUCCAUGACAAUUAGUAAAGAGUAUUCCACCAGAGACCGAGUCAGCCUUCUCAGGUUCUCCAAAUCCAAGAAGGCACGCUCAGGGACAGCCUUGCCGUCCUACCGCAAGUUUGUCACCAAGAGCAGCAAGAAGAGCAUCUUUAUCCUGCCCAAUGAUGACCUGAAGAGGCUGGCGAGGAGGGCAAGCAUCAGAGAGGUGCCCAUCUUCAACUACAACGCCAAGCCUGCCCUGGAUAUAUGGCCCUACCCUUCACCUCGUCCCACGUUUGGGAUCACUUGGAGGUACCGUCUCCAGACUGUGAGGUCACUGGCAGGGGUCAGUCUGAUGCUGAGGCUGCUGUGGGCCUGCCUGAGGUGGGACGACAUGGCUGUUAAGCCCUCUGCUACUGUAGGGACUACUCGGAAAGAAACCACGGACACAGACAUCACCACAACAGAGAUUAUAAAACGAAGAGACGUGGGGCCUUACGGCAUCCGCUCAGAAUACUGCAUCAGGAAGAUCAUCUGUCCCCUCGGAAACAAAGACACUCCCAAAGAAACCCCUACUCCACAGAGGAAAGGCCUACGCUCAAGUGCCUUGAGGCCCAAGAAGCAGGAGCCAGCCAAGCUUACUGGGCCUAUUGCUGUGGAGACAUGGGUGCCUGAAGAAGACAUGGAGCUGUGGGAGAUCAGGGCCUUUGCAGAAAGAGUGGAAAAGGAGAAGUCACAGGGUCUUGAUCCCUCGAAAACUGGCAGUAGUCUGAAGACGGCAGAGGAUGUCAAGGCCCAUUUGGAGAAUCAGCUGAAACAGGCCAGACUGGCUGCCCAGCAGAAACGUCUGGAGCAGCCAAGACCAAGUACAACUGCCACCACUUCCACAACAACAACCACCACCACCUCAGCCAACACUCCCAUCACUCCCAGCACCCCAGCAUCCACGGGCCAGAGGACAGGUCAGGCCACAUCUGGAACCAAGAUGGUCCUGGCCUCCAAACUGGGCUCUCCAGUUUCCUUCCAGCAAGACAAAAACUUCCAUCAGUCUUUUGCUUCGUGGGUCAAGCAGGGUCAGACCAACAACAGCUCAGCCUCCACUGGCUUGGUGGCCACCGUGGCUAGCAGCAUCACCACCUCAGAGCAAACCUUCCAGAUUGCUGGCAGCCCAGUGACUGUGGCUGGCCAGGUCCUCGCCGCCAAACUCCCGCUGCCCGCUAACAGCAAGAUUGUCACGCUCAACUUGCCCACCACUCAAGGAGGUGUAGUCCAGCAGAAAGUCCUGGGCAUAUUCCCCUCUGGCCCCCCUGCAAACCUUAGGACAUACAGCACACUACAUCCCACAACUGGCAACAUCAACCUCAGAGCCACCACCUCUGCCUCAACUACCCAGCAACAGGCCAUCACCGCAGGAGGCCAAACACAGCCUGGCAUGACAAUGAGCCAGUCACCUACCCCGUCUACCUCUGUGGGCACAGCAAUGGUCAGAAGUCCAGCGUUGGCUCAACAAGGCCAACCUCAGCAGGCUGUGACCCAGAUGGGCCGUGGUCAGCCUGGAUCCACAGCUGUGCCUGGUUCUACACCUGUGCAGACAACUGCAGCUCAGAGAGCAGCAGGUGCUGCCCCAUCACCUCAUGCAGCCACUACAGCACCUGGACAGUCACCUGUAGCUUCCUCCCAGAUCAACAGACCACAGCAGGGUCAAGUUAAACUCACUAUGGCACAGCUCAUGCAGCUAACACAGGGUGCUCAGGGUGGAAACCCAGGUCUGACGGUGGUGAUCCAGGGUCAGGGCCAGACCCAGGGACAGCUGCAAAUCAUCCCUCAGGGUGUAACAGUCAUCCCUGGUCCUGGUCAGCAGCUAAUGCAGGCAGCUAUGCCCAAUGGCCAGGUCCAGCGCUUCCUCUUCACCCCCAUGCCCCCAUCCUCAUCAGCUUCAGCUUCAGCACCUACCACUGUUACCCCUACAAAGCCUGCUGUGGCUCAAACCCAAGGUCCAACCCAAGUUCAGACAACUCCCUCAGCCCUAGCCCAAACCCAAAUGGCUGCCCCUGUACCUGCCCCAACACAUGUUGCAGCCCCAACACAUAUGCCACAUUUGGCUCCCACCCCAGCCUCAGUCCCUGCGCCAACCCAAGUUGCAGCCCAGGCUUCAAUGCAAGCACAAGUUUCGGCUGCUACCCCAUUAUCAGUCCCUGCACAAUCUCAAAUAUCCACUCCUGUGCCUGCCCUGCCACACGUUGCAGCCCAGGCCUCGACACAGGUUUUAUCCUCCACACCAGCUUCUGUCCCCGCACAACCCCAAGUGGCAAGACCUGUGCUUGCCCCAGCACAAAAUGCAGUCCCAACCAUGGUGCAAAACCAAGUCUCCACCCUUAGCCCAGGCUCAUUCUCUACACAAACCCAAACUGCAGUGUCGCUACCUGUUCCAGGACAAGUUGCACCUCAAUCCCAGCUCCAGACACAUGCCUUCAACCCUGCCCCAGCUUUAACCUCAGCCCUUGUCCCGAUGCAUGUUACCGCUCCUGCCCCUGCUUUAGCCCCUGUCUCAGGCCCCUCUAACUUGACCCAAAUGCCUGUUUCUGCCUCUCUUCCCUCACCUGUCCAAGUUCCAACCCCCGCUCUUGCUCCUGUCUCUGCUCCUGUCAUAGCCGUUGUGUCCACCCAAAUUGCCGUUCCAUCGGCAGCCAAAGCUCUAACCCAAAUCCAAGCCACAGCUCCCGUUCCCCUUCAUGCUGCUGUAGCCAGUGCUGUUGUCACACCAGUCACAGCCACCUCUACAACACCUUCAGUGCCAGCUCUGACAGAGCAGAGGGCAGCUCAGCCCCAGGUUUGGACUCCAGCCUCAUCUCAAGCUCAGACUCCAGUUCAGCCAGCUCAGCAGGCUGCAGCUCCUGUUCAGACACCUGCCCUGGCCACUGUAUCUGCCUCUGCCCCUGCAUCAGUCUCCACACAUUCACCUGUUACCCCUCUGCCUCAAGCAUCUCUUCCUCCUCAAGCUCAAGUACAAACCCAGAAUCCUACUGUUGUAUCCAUGCAGCAGGUGUCUCAAAUUCCAGUCUCAGCAGUGCAGGUUCAUAUGACAGGAUUACCAGUCUCUCCUGUUGUUACUACUGUGAGACCUACGCAGCCUCAGCUCCAGCCCCAAACCCAUACUCAACCCCAGCGUCAAGCCCAAAUCUGUACACAAAUUCAGGUCCAGCCCUUUGGCCAAGUCCAACAAAUGCCACACAUUCAGGCUCAAGCGCAUCUCCAGGCCCAAGCACAAGCCCAAAACCACCCCCAGGUCCGAGUUCAGUUUCAGCCACAAACUCAGCCACCGCAAGCCCAAGUACAGCCCCUUGUUCAAAAUCAACCUCAGGUGCAGUUUCAGUCCCAAACCUUGCCCCAGCCCCAGCCCCAGGUCCAGGUACAGGUCCAGGCCCAGGCCCCAGCCCAGGCCCAACUCCAAUCAAGAGUCCAACCUCAGUACCACCCCCAGGUACAAGCUCCAUUUCAAACACAGGCUCUAACCCAACCCCAGGCUCAGCAACAGCCUCAGGUCCAACCUCAACCCCAGGUUCAGUCUCAGGCCCAAACUCAGCUACAGCCCCAGAUCCAAACCCAACUCCAUCCCCAGGUUCAGGUCCAGUUCCAGCAACAGAGCCAGGUUCACCCACAACCUCAGGCCCCGCAGCAACCCCAGGUCCACACUCCAUCACAGAUCCAAACUCAAGUCCAAACCCAGCCCCAGUUUCAAGUCCAGUCACCGCAGCAGACACAGGUCCAGCAACAGCUUCAGGUCCAAGCCCAAGCCCAACCCCAACCCCAAGUCCAAACUAAGCUCCAAGUCCAGUUCCAGCCUCAGAACCAAACUCAAGUUCAAGCGCAGCCUCAGCUUCAGGUCCAGUCUCCAAUCAGGCAUCAGCUCAUCACCGUUCCAGGCCUUCAACAGCCGGUCCAGCUACUCUCAGCUCUGCCACCCCAUGUUGCUGCCCAGAUCCAAGCCCAGAUCCAGGCACAGGCACAGCAGCAGGGUGGCACAGUUCCCCAGCAGAUCAAACUGCAGCUGCCUAUCCAGAUCAAGCAGACAGGGGGGCAAAUUCAGGCCCACCAGAUCCAGAAUAUGGUGACCAUACAGGCUCCAGCGAGCGUCCAGGAGCAGCUCCAGAGGAUGCAGCAGCAGCAACCGCAGCAACAACAACAACAACAACAAAGACCAAAGAAGAAGAAACACCAUGAGGCUAAAAGGGAACAGAAAGAGCUAAAUCUGCAGACCGUUAGCCCCGGGGAUGUCAUCCAAAAACAGGUGGUAGUGAAGCAGAAUGCUACAGCAGAACAGCUAAAACAGAGGAAGACCCUGGCUGCAGCGGAGCGAGAGGAGAACCAGAGAAUGAUUGUGUGCAACCAAGUGAUGAAGUUUAUCCUCGACAAAAUUGAGAAGGACGAGAAGCAGGCAGCUAAGAAGAGAAAGAAGGAGGAGGUGGUGGAGCUGAAACGCUCCAAACAGAAUGCCACCAAGCUGACUGCACUGCUCUACAAGCACAAAGAACAGCUGAAGGCUGAGAUCCUGAAGAAGAGGGCCCUGCUGGACAAGGAGCUGCAGCUGCAAGUACAGGAGGAGCUGAGGCGGGACAUUGCCCGGCUACAUAAAGAAAAGGAGAAAGCCAGAGCUGCUAUCACCCAGGCUGCUGCAGCAACGGUCAAGGCAGCCGCUUCCCACUCUUCCCAUCCUUCUCACUCUACACAUUCCUCUCACAGUACCCACACAGUGCCCUCACCUUCCUCAUCCCAUAAACGGAAGAGGGAAGAGGAGAGAGACAAAGACAGAAACAAAGACAGGGACAGGCACCACGACAAGGACAAGAAACGGGACAGGGAUAAGGACCGAGACAAAUAUAGAGACAGAGAUAAAAACAGAGACGGGGAUCGAGAGAGGGAGAGAGACAGAGAGCGGGACAGACAUCGGGACAGGGACAAGGACAAGGACAGAGAUAGGGACAGAGACAAGGACAGAGAUUCCAGCUCAUCUAAACACAAGAAGAAGAAGAAGCUCUCUUCUACCUCAAAGGAUCAUAAGAAGGACAGCAAAUUGUACUGUAUCUGCAAAACACCCUACGACGAGUCAAAGUUUUACAUAGGGUGCGACCUGUGCUCCAACUGGUUCCAUGGUGUGUGUGUUGGCAUCACAGAGAAAGAGGCCAAGAAGUUGGAGGACUUUGUGUGCAAUGACUGCAAACGUGGUCAGGAGGGAGCAAGCAAUGAGGAGUUAUACUGCAUCUGCCGGACACCAUAUGACGAAUCACAGUUUUACAUAGGCUGCGACCGCUGCCAGAACUGGUACCACGGGCGCUGCGUGGGCAUCCUGCAGAGUGAGGCCACUCACAUCGAUGUUUACGUCUGCCCGCAGUGUCAGUCAACAGAAGAUGCCAUGACAGUCCUCACACCGCUCACUGACAAAGACUAUGAGGGGUUGAAAAGAAUAUUACGCUCGUUACAGUCCCACAAAAUGGCAUGGCCUUUCCUUGAACCAGUGGAUCCCCACGACGCACCUGAUUAUUAUCGCGUAAUCAAGGAGCCAAUGGACUUUUCGACAAUGGAAACCCGUUUGCAAAAGCGACAUUACCACAAGCUCACAGAGUUUGUGGCCGACGUGACCAAAAUCUUCGACAACUGUCGCUAUUACAACCCCAAUGACACGCCCUUCUUUCAGUGUGCCGAGGUGCUUGAAGCCUUCUUUGUACAGAAGCUUAAAGGUUUCAAAGCGAGCAGAUUGUCAGAUUCUUAAGUGGGCCAGUCUAGCUGGAGUCUGGACUGGAUGCUGGGGUCUCUAGUAAAAAUGACAUGGAAACUUUCUAUUUCUAGAACAGCAAAAAAUAUCCAUCACUAAAGAAUAGAAUAACACAAGAACACACACACACAAACACCAAAUGUGCUUUCGUGUAAAUGCCACCAACUUAACAUUUUUGGUAACCAUUAUAAUAUUCAGUUUAAUCACUAAGUGGCAGCCAUGUUGACAUGUGUGUAUCAUGUAAUUGAGGGACAUGCUUUCUUCUCAUCAUUUCCCUAAAUCUGGCCUUUUCUAACAAUCCAUCACAGUAGCUAGGAUGUUUUCAGUGCGAUUUUAAAUGCAUUUUAGUUUCCUAACUUGGAUUUAUUUUCUGUUAUACAUCUGAGUUGGAUUGGAUCAUGUGUUGACCUUACCAGAUAUAAAAAAUAUAUAAAGCUGCAUAUUUUAUUAUAGAGAGAUAUUUAUGAGAAGUUUUGUAUGUUUCAUCCCUUCGGCUUUGAUUUAGCUGGUUGUUAAGGUGGUUGUCUUGAAUGUACAUACUUUUUAUCAUGUACAGUGAUUGUAAGAUGUAUCUGACUGUAUUUGAAUGUUUUAAAUAAUUAUGAAGCAAAUCAUUUUAGAUAGUAUUAUUUUAUGAAACUAAAAUGUUCUACAAAGAGUGAGGAAUGUGACCUCAUCCUGUUCCUCACUUCACAAAGUAACCUCAGUUUGUAGUUGUGGAAGAUUUCUUCAGUAAUAAAGGCAUUCCCAGUAAAUUACACCAACAUGGCUGCAGGAUCCUCUGCUGACCCCUUUGCAUCCUCUGUGUCUGUCUGUUGAGAUGUCACAACAAUAAACAAAAUGCGAAGGGCUCUCAACUUUCCCCUCUCUCCGCAUUCUGUAGGUCUCAUAACAACAAGCUACAGUGUUCUUCAGCCUCUUAGAAAGCAUCGCACAUUGCCCAAACAAAAUGCACUUGCCAAGAAUAUGGCUUUUCUGAACUGUAACUCUGUGACAGACUCUGCCUCAUCCUGUGUUUGGGAUCUGCUCCUCUGACUGUCGGUGCAACCAGCACUGCUGCUUUCACAGAACUGUUCAGGCAGAGCUGCCUUCUGCCCAUUUGAGCUCUAAGGGACCUUUUUGGACCUGUCUUCAUCAGUGGGACUGUAGUAAGGAGUGCGAACAACUGAGGCAUUUCAGACGAAAGUUUACCUCGGAGAAAAGACUCUUAAGGAGCUCUCAUAUUUCCAUGUUCUUUAUUUUUUGAUCUCAGUCUUUUUAUUUAAUUUUCUUUCUUGUUAAAAAUCCCUCAGGCCAUCCUUGUGGUCAUCAUGUCCAGUGAGAAAUAGGAAAUUGAAUACUGAUUUACAAUGGCUGAGUUUUACUGAGCAUAAUGUAUCCAGUUUUGUGUCUAAAUUCAGAUAUCGCAAGGGAACAACUUUUUUUCUCCCAUUUCCACUCACUGUUAGUCUGAAGUGGCAUGAAAGACAGUUGUACUAAAUAUCUGGACAUCAGUAGUCUGCUUGGUUAAACUUCUAUAACCUACUGAAAGUACGGUAAUAAGCUAUUGUAAAUGAAUUGCUCCACAGUAGUUACUGACUGAGAAGGAUGAAACAAUGUAUUUGAAGGUUCCUGCCCUGUUUGUAAAAAUUUGUCAGAUUUUGACUGGAUUUCUUUUUCUUUUUUUUGUAUUACAUCUGAAGAAAUAUUGAUGUAUAUGGAACUUAAUAAAAUGGAAAAGACUGA